CCAGUAACGUGAGAGAGAAGGGAGAGUGAAAAAGACGGAAAGGGGGAAGGAGUGUGCGGGAAUUCCUAAGAGCUCUUCUAUGUGCACAGGCUGUGCGUGUGUUUUCUGUGUGCCGGAGUGGGGCAGACCGCAAGAAGCUACUCCAGUAGUGCAUCUCUACGGUGACCUCACUCAAUACCCACGCGAGAAGGAGCCAAUGACAUCAUGCAGCCAUCCACUCUGAAAUAACCACGAGCGCAGACCCUUUACCUACACCAGAAAAAAACUCUCUCCCAAGCGUCGCAUCACACGUGGGAUCCACACUCUCCACUAUCUAAUUCUUCUAUUCGUUUGGGUGCUUGAUAAGGGAUUUACUUCUCUGUUCUUUUUUUUUUUUUUUCUGUGAAAGAUAAAGUCUUAUUAUUAAAAAAAAAAUAAGGCACGAUAGAUGCGUGCUGGGACUUUGACGUUGGUCUGAAAGUUGGAGGAGUCAGAGGGUUACCUUGUUUUGACACAGGUACCAAAUCCAGAAAAGGGAAUUCAUCUAUUUUAAGAACCAAGAAGAAAACGCAAGGAUUGAGAUAGAAGAACAGCAACAGAAGACAAACCAAAAUAUCUGGAGGUUUGUUACAGAACCUCGAUGGACGAUUCCCAGGAUAUAAAUGAGCAGUCAGUAAAGAAAUCGUGCACCGAGUCAGAUGUUACAGAGUCGCAGAAUUCCAGGCCUAUGGAAAUGCAGGACCUAGCAAGUCCGCAUAAUCGUGUGGGUAGUGGAGAUACUUCUGGGACCUCAAAGCUGGACAAGUCUAAUAUUAGCAGCAUCUCCAUCACAACGAAUGGGACAGGAGGAGAGAACAUGACUGUUCUAAAUACUGCUGACUGGCUGCUAAGUUGCAGUGCCCCCUCAUCUGCAACAAUGUCUCUUCUUGCAGUCAAAACAGAGCCCAUGAACAGCAGUGAAACAACAACAACAACCGGGGAUGGAUCGCUUGACACCUUUACUGGGUCAGUAAUAACAAGCAGUGGCUACAGUCCAAGAUCAGCACACCAGUACGCGUCUCAGCUAUAUCCCUCUAAACCCUAUCCACACAUUCUGUCUACUCCGGCAGCUCAGACAAUGUCAGCCUACGCUGGUCAGACUCAGUACUCUGGGAUGCAGCAACCUACAGUUUACACAGCGUACUCGCAAACGGGCCAGCCUUACAGUUUACCAGCCUAUGAUUUAGGUGUAAUGUUGCCAGGAAUCAAGACAGAAAGUGGACUUCCACAAACACAGUCACCACUGCAGAGCGGGUGCCUUAGCUACAGCCCAGGGUUUUCGACUCCACAGCCAGGCCAAACACCAUACUCCUAUCAAAUGCCAGGUUCUAGUUUUACCCCAUCAUCUAGUAUUUAUGCAAAUAACUCAGUCUCCAAUUCAAGCAACUUUAGCACUCCUCAACAGGAUUAUCCCUCUUACACAGCUUUCGGCCAAAACCAAUAUGCUCAGUAUUAUUCAGCAUCAACAUAUGGACCCUAUAUGACCUCAAAUAAUGCUGUGGAUGGCACCUCCUCAUCAUCAACAUACCAAUUACAGGAUUCUCUUUCAGGCUUGACAAAUCAAUCAGGAGAAUUUGACACAGUACAGAGUCCCUCGACACCCAUCAAAGAUCUAGAUGACAGAACGUGUAGAAGUGCUGGGUCAAAGUCCCGAGGAAGAGGAAGAAAAAAUAAUCCUUCACCUCCGCCUGACAGUGACUUAGAGAGAGUGUUUGUUUGGGACUUGGAUGAAACAAUCAUCAUCUUUCAUUCACUGCUCACUGGAUCAUUUGCACAAAAGUAUGGCAAGGAUUCUCCAACAGCUGUGACUCUUGGACUGCGGAUGGAAGAAAUGAUUUUCAACCUCGCCGAUGCACACUUAUUUUUUAAUGAUUUGGAGGAAUGUGAUCAAGUCCACGUAGAUGAUGUUUCCUCAGAUGACAAUGGACAGGACCUAAGUUCUUACAGUUUUGCAACUGAUGGCUUUCGUGCAGCGGCUAGCAGCACCACUCUCUGUUUACCCACUGGUGUCCGGGGUGGUGUGGACUGGAUGCGGAAGCUGGCAUUUCGUUACAGACGAGUAAAAGAACUUUACAAUACUUACAAGAACAAUGUUGGAGGACUUUUUGGCCCAGCUAAGAGAGAAGCCUGGCUUCAAUUGCGUGCAGACCUUGAAGUCCUGACAGACUCCUGGCUCUCAAAUGCACUUAAAUCACUAUCACUCAUUAGCACAAGAAGUAAUAGUGUGAAUGUGUUGGUAACUACGACCCAGCUCAUCCCAGCACUUUCAAAAGUCCUGCUAUAUAGCUUAGGAGGAGUCUUUCCAAUUGAGAAUAUUUACAGUGCAACGAAAAUAGGGAAAGAAAGUUGCUUUGAACGAAUAAUACAAAGAUUCGGAAGAAAAGUAGUGUAUGUUGUGAUUGGGGAUGGUGUGGAAGAAGAACAGGCAGCAAAAAAGAAUAACAUGCCUUUUUGGAGAAUAUCAAGCCAUUCAGAUCUUUUGGCUCUUCAUCAAGCACUGGAACUAGAAUAUUUGUAACUAUUUGCAUCUUGGACAACCUUUUUUAUAUGUAUAUAAAUAUAUAUAUUUUAAUUACACACUGAAUUUGUAUGUGUGAUUGAAUGCCUCUGGCUUUUUACACACAUGGAUUGACUUAAAAAUAGGAAGAAAUAUCUUGAACAAACCAGUGGGAAUGACAAAACAAUUCAGACUGUGGCAAGAGGGGCAAAAAUAAAGACAUAUAAUCUUCAGUGCUGCACAAGUAUAAUUUGUGGUCUUGCAUAAAAGGCAUCUGGUCAAUGGAAGACCACUAGAUCUUGCACCAAAGAAGUUCUAACAAAACAUGUGCAGGACUCUGGCAAAAUCCGACACGUGCUUUCUGAGCGAAGAUGGGGGUGUUCAACAUUCCUCAAUAUGGGAUCUUAUUCUCAGCACUGAGGUGUAAAUCAGAUAUAAACCUACCUAACCCGGAAAAUCUGAAUUUAGAAUGCACUCCAGUUGUAUGAUGACAAUCAUGUCUAGACCUGUAAUUUUUUGUAAAUUAUUGACAACAAAAUAAUAAUAAUUUACUGUGACUUUAUUAGCAGCUGAUUUUGAAAGUGGGUGUAAUGUUUCUGUUUUAUUAUUCUGGAGGUGUGGGGAAGUUUGUAAGAGGCUGGUGAGAUCUGAAAUGGCUAUCAAGCUGCUUAUUAUAUAGGUUUGGCAAUCAGAAUGUGCAUAAUGAUGUGCUGUGCCUUAAAGACAAGACAGUGUUUGUGUGUUACAAUGUAAUUUUGGUUAAAAAAAAAAAAAAGUAGUUACAUGAAAUCUUCGUUGAGAUGAUUUCUUCAUACAUGACCAAACUGAUCUUUAAAACAGGAAAAGCUGCAUCAUCUGCAGCCAUGAUUUGUUGCAGGAAUAAAUAAAAACAACAUGA